CAUAACCAUUUGCUGUCAGUUUGAUUGGACCGAGUACAAUUUUUGCGACGACAAGCGACAAGAAUAGAAAAAUUGAAUCUCUUCUCGUGAAAAGGUUCCCCCCGCAGGACCAUCAUCGAUCGCAGGCAGAAAUAAAUAAAUCAAUUUCCAUUACACAUUAUUUAUUGGUUACUAUAAAGUCAAUUCGUUAAAUCAUCUCGAAAAAGUUCAAAAAAAAAAAGAAAAAGAAAAAAAGUAUAAGGAAAAGAACGAACAAAAAAUAAAUCGAUAAACUCUUUUUAGCACGGUGAACAUCCGUGUAUACAAAUUUUGCGCAUGAACAAGAGUCUGCUCCGAAGACGUCGUCGUUUUCUACGUCGGCCGUGAGAAAAUAUAAUUUUUGCAAGUGGAGAAUUUUUUUCAUUCAUGUCGCCACACAAAAUCGACGAAUUCAAAUCCCCAGCAAUAAUCUUUAGAUAGUCACUAAACUAAAAAGACCAAAUCGUUAAGAAAGUGUCAAAGUGACGACGAAUAAAAAAAAGUGUAAUUUUUCUUGUUAAUAAAACAAGAUAAAGGAUUAAAGAAUCCUCAUUGAAAUUAAGAGAAUAUAAUUCUAUAGAAAUUGGAUAAAAAAGUCCAAAGGUGAAAAAAACAAACAAACUCCCAUAAAUCAUGUCUAACCUGAAGAGAUUCGACGACGAGCAGAGUGAGAGCGAAUAUGGACGUGUCUAUGCUGUGUCUGGUCCAGUCGUUACAGCAGAAUGUAUGUCCGGAUCGGCUAUGUACGAGUUGGUGCGUGUCGGCUACUAUGAACUCGUAGGAGAGAUUAUUCGUCUUGAAGGUGACAUGGCCACCAUUCAAGUAUACGAAGAAACAUCUGGUGUCACUGUCGGAGAUCCUGUAUUGCGUACAGGCAAGCCAUUGUCUGUUGAAUUGGGUCCUGGUAUUAUGAGCAGUAUUUUUGACGGUAUCCAGCGACCAUUGAAGGACAUUAAUGAACUCACCUCCUCCAUCUACAUCCCCAAAGGUGUAAAUGUGCCAUCAUUGUCACGCACCCACACAUGGGACUUUAAUCCCCUCAACGUUAAAGUUGGAGCACAUAUCACAGGAGGAGAUUUGUACGGUAUGGUGCACGAGAACUCGCUAGUCAAGCACAAAAUGAUUGUUCCACCACGUGCCAGGGGAACAGUACGUUAUAUCGCCCCAGCUGGCAACUACACAGUUGAGGAUGUAGUUUUGGAAACAGAAUUCGAUGGGGAAAUUAGCAAGCACACUAUGUUGCAAGUCUGGCCAGUGCGUCAGCCACGUCCAGUCACAGAGAAAUUACCCGCCAAUCAUCCCUUGUUGACUGGUCAACGUGUUUUGGAUUCGUUGUUCCCUUGUGUUCAAGGCGGUACCACUGCCAUUCCCGGAGCUUUCGGUUGUGGCAAGACUGUCAUUUCCCAGGCUUUGUCUAAGUACUCCAACUCUGAUGUCAUCAUUUAUGUCGGUUGCGGAGAACGUGGUAAUGAAAUGUCUGAAGUACUUCGUGACUUCCCCGAGUUGUCUGUUGAAAUUGAUGGUGUCACUGAGUCCAUCAUGAAGCGUACAGCUCUUGUUGCCAACACAUCCAACAUGCCUGUGGCAGCUCGUGAGGCUUCGAUCUACACUGGAAUCACCCUUUCCGAGUACUUCCGUGACAUGGGUUACAAUGUCUCCAUGAUGGCUGAUUCAACCUCCCGUUGGGCUGAGGCUCUUCGUGAAAUCUCUGGUCGUCUCGCUGAAAUGCCUGCCGAUUCCGGUUACCCAGCUUACUUGGGUGCCCGUUUGGCCUCCUUCUACGAACGUGCCGGUCGCGUUAAGUGUUUGGGUAACCCAGAACGUGAGGGUUCCGUGUCCAUCGUCGGAGCUGUAUCACCUCCUGGUGGUGAUUUCUCCGAUCCCGUCACAUCAGCUACUCUUGGUAUUGUCCAAGUGUUUUGGGGUUUGGACAAAAAGUUGGCCCAGCGCAAACAUUUCCCCUCCAUCAACUGGCUCAUUUCGUACAGUAAAUACACUCGAGCUUUAGACGACUUUUACGAUAAAAACUUCCCCGAAUUCGUCCCCCUACGAACCAAAGUUAAGGAAAUCAUGCAGGAAGAGGAAGAUCUUUCAGAAAUUGUGCAGCUAGUCGGUAAGGCAUCAUUGGCCGAAACCGAUAAAAUCACACUCGAAGUAGCUAAGUUGCUGAAGGAUGAUUUCCUGCAACAGAACUCCUAUUCGUCAUAUGAUCGUUUCUGCCCGUUCUAUAAAACCGUCGGUAUGUUGAGGAAUAUGAUUGCUUUCUAUGAUAUGGCGCGUCAUUCAGUUGAGUCGACAGCUCAAUCAGAGAACAAAAUCACGUGGAAUUUGAUUAGGGAAUCAAUGGGCAAUAUCAUGUACCAGCUCUCUUCUAUGAAGUUCAAGGAUCCAGUUAAGGAUGGCGAAGCUAAGAUCAAAGCAGAUUUUGACCAACUUCAUGAGGACCUUCAACAAGCCUUCAGAAAUUUGGAAGAUUAAGCUCUCUAGCCCACCCUGUAGCUCUCUAACCAUCCCAGUUUACGUUAAUCGUUACUUAGUUUUAAUUAAAAAAAAAACAACAAA